CGAGGCAAUUACUAGGAGUUUGAGGAGCAAUAAAGAGAUGGUGGCUGCUCUGUUGGCUGAUUAUAAGUCUCAGGAUUUCGAUGAGUCUGGAGAGAGUCUACCUAUCUCGUUGCCACUGGAGAAUAAGUAUGAGAAUCGAUAUGAGAGCAACGAGAUUAGGAGACGUUCUGAUGUGAGUUCGCCAUUUGAGAACGUCGAGGAGGGUUUCACUUGUCCAUCGGUGAUAAAAUACGCCCGACCCCAGCUAGCCAGAGCAGCUUCCGGUAUAUGGAAGUACAUAAUAAACACCGGCGAGCAUACACAGACCCUACGAUUAGAGAAAUGCUCGAAUCCUCAGACUAGCU